AUGGACAGCCCCAGCAAUGCCACCAUGCCCUGCGGCUUUCUCCUGCAAGGCUUCUCAGAGUUCCCACACCUGAGGCCUGCACUCUUCCUGCUGCUGCUGGCUGUGCAUCUCGCCACCCUGAGCGGGAACCUGCUCAUCUUGGUGGCCGUGGCCUCAGUGCCCAGCCGGCCGCCCAUGCUGCUCUUCCUGUGCCAGCUGUCAGCCAUCGAGCUCUGCUACACACUGGUGGUGGUGCCCCGCUCCCUGGCCGACCUCACCAUGCCUGGCCAAAACAGGGGAAGCCCCAUCUCCUUCCUGGGCUGUGCAGUUCAGAUGCAGAUGUUUGUGGCGCUGGGUGGGGCAGAGUGCUUCCUGCUGGCCGCCAUGGCCUAUGACCGCUAUGUGGCCAUCUGCCAUCCGCUGCGCUAUGCAGCUGUGGUGACCCCAGGACUGUGCAUGAGACUGGCCCUGGCCUGCUGCCUCGGGGGCCUAGCCGUGUCCGUGGGGCUCACAGUGGCCGUCUUCCACCUGCCUUUCUGUGGCUCCCGCCUGCUGGUACAUUUCUUUUGCGACAUCACAGCGCUCCUGCACCUGGCCUGCACACGGAGCUACGUAGAUGAGCUGCCCUUACUGGGUGCCUGCCUGGUGCUGCUGUUGCUGCCCUCAAUGCUCAUCCUGGCCUCCUACUGUGCCAUCGUCGCCGCCCUGCGCCGCCUGCGCUCCGCCGGGGGCCAGCGCAAGGCCGCCUCCACCUGUGCCUCACACCUGGUAGUCACCUUCCUGCACUAUGGCUGUGCCACCUUCAUGUACGUACGGCCCAAGGCCAGCUACUCUCCACGGUUGGACCGCACACUGGCGCUGGUCUACACCAACGUCACACCGCUGCUCUACCCACUUAUUUACAGCCUGCGCAACCGCGAGAUCACCACCGCCAUCCGCAGAGUGCUGGGGCGUCGGCAACCAACCCAAGCCGUGGGUCAGGGUCUGUGCGAGCUGUGA